AUGCAGUCGAGGAGAUACAGUACGACAUCUACGGCCGUCGACACGGUCGACACACUUCGUCUGACGCCCUCCGACAACUACCGACAUGCAUCAUCUGCCGCUGCCACUGCCGCCGCCGCCGCCGUCGCCAGCCCCCCCCCGCCUCCGCGAGAGUGGCCCCAGGACGAUAUCACGUUGCCUAGUCUGACGUUCGUCACCAACGCUGAUUUAGACGAACUGUUUGGCGAGGACGACCAUUUCCUCCGCGACUUGGCAACCAACGACUAUUCAUCGCCCUCUACUUAUCCAUCAUUCACUACUGCGUACACCUCCGCCGAUAACAGCAACUACCACCGUGAAACAGAACCAUCUACCUCUGCUGCUCACGGUCACCAUAACAACAACGACAUCCCCCCUCCUUCUCAUCCGGUAUCGCUCACUUCUCGUCCCUCGGCAUCGACAUCCUUUGACUCCUUUCGUAUCUUCAACACCGGACCCGACACAGCCACCAUAUCCCAGAACAUCGGCGACGGUUUAGACGACGACGUCACCAUGUCGCCCUCCGCACAUGUAUCCAACAAGAGACGUCGGGCACCAGACGGGGAAUCAUCGGCAAAGCGGGGCAACUUUGUAAAUCUAGACGGCGACGACGACGACGACGACAACCCCUUCCGUGUCACCCCCGUCAGGCGACAACAUGGCAUGACCGCAGCAGCAGGAGGAGGACGGGGUGGCACCUACAUGAUCGACCUCACGGCACCUCCAGCACCGCAGGCACCGUCAGCACGAGACGAGCAGCAGCAAGAGCCGGAGAAUGGAAGCAGCAGCAGCAGCACCAAACUGACUAAGCUAUCAGCUUUCCAGUGUGCAAUCUGCAUGGAUGAUGCUGCUUCUCUAACCGUCACACAUUGUGGCCAUCUAUACUGUGCAGAGUGCCUACAUUCAUCCCUCCACGUCGAGACGACGAGGGGUAGAUGUCCAAUGUGUCGCGCAAAGCUCGACGUAAAGCCCCGCUCCCAGUACACCACCAAGACCAAGGGUUUCUACCCCCUCGAGCUGAAACUCAUGACCAAGACGAGGAAGGGGAAACGCAAGGCAGACAACAUCACUUGA